AUGGCGCGAUGGCACAAGACAGACAAGAGGAGUGGCGUGGCUAUAUACAAUUUCAAAGGCACAGGAACACUGCAACUGCCUCUACAGAUUGGUGAUGUGGUCCAUAUCUUGGAGUCCUCUGAAGAUUGGUACAAAGGUUACCUAGUAAGACACAAAGGAUCAGAGGGAAUAUUUCCUAAAUCUUUCAUCCACAUCAAGGAAGUUACUGUUGAAAAGAAAAGACAUACAGAAAAUAUAAUUCCUGCUAUUACCACUACUCUCUGGGAAUGGGGAAGCAUCUGGAAACAGCUCUAUGUGACGAACAAGAGUGAGCGGUUCCAGCAGGUGCAGUCUAUGAUGUAUGACUUAAUGGAGUGGCGGUCACAGCUUCUCUCUGGGACCUUGCCAAAAGAUGAGCUCAAAGAACUCAAACAGAAAGUCACUUCCAAAAUUGACUAUGGUAACAAGAUACUUGAGCUAGAUCUAAUAGUUAGAGAUGAAGAUGGAAAUAUCUUGGAUCCAGAUAAAACCAGUGUCAUCAGCCUAUUUCAUGCACAUGAAGAAGCAACUAAUAAAAUCACUGAGCGAAUUAAGGAGGAAAUGUCAAAGGAUCAACCAGAUUAUGCAUCAUACUCCCGAAUGUCUUCAUCCCCCACCCACAGCCUAUACGUCUUUGUGCGGAAUUUUGUUUGCCGAAUUGGAGAGGAUGCAGAACUCUUUAUGUCACUAUAUGAUCCGCAGAAAUUAACAAUUAUAAGUGAGAACUACUUGGUGAGAUGGGGGAGUAGAGGCUUUCCAAAAGAAAUUGAUAUGCUCAACAACCUUAAAGUAGUGUUCACAGAUCUUGGCAAUAAGGACCUUAGCAGAGACAAAAUUUAUUUAGUUUGUCAAAUAGUCCGAGUUGGAAGGAUGGAUCUCAAAGACAGUAACUCAAAGAAAUACACACAAGGACUAAGGCGGCCUUUUGGAGUGGCAGUUAUGGAUAUUACAGAUAUCAUAAAAGGAAAAGCUGAAAGUGAUGAAGAAAAGCAGCAUUUCAUUCCCUUUCACCCGGUAGUGGCAGAGAAUGACUUUUUACACAGUCUCCUAAGCAAAGUCACUGCAUCAAAAGGAGACAGUGGUGGACAAGGUCUCUGGGUAACUGUGAAAAUGCUUGUUGGAGAUGUGAUUCAAACUAGAAAGGACUAUCCACAUCUUGUAGAUAGAACCACCGUUGUCGCUAGAAAGCUAGGAUUUCCUGAAAUAAUUAUGCCAGGAGAUAUAAGAAAUGACAUUUAUAUUACUUUGCUGUAUGGAGAUUUUGAUAAAUACAAUAAAACAACUCAGAGAAAUGUGGAAGUUAUAAUGUGUGUCUGUGAUGAAGAAGGAAAAGUGAUGCCAGGUUUUUCUUGUGGAAAUUCCCAGAGGAAUGCAAUUUGCACAUUAAAAGUUUCAUAUCUGAAGCCUAGCAUCACUGAUCUUGCAUCUUCAAUUAUCAGAAUUAGCAGUUACUCUGGACGUACAACAUUGCAAAGGCGGAUCUUUCGUGCAGUGUCUCCAGUCUCCAAAGGCUCCACGCUGGGGCCUGUUAACCGGGCUCACCUCAGCUCCCAGGCCUGCGCCGGGGCCCCGCUGCCUUACAAGCAGCAACUGCGGCCUAGCGCGCUGCUCGCAGCCGUCAUGGCGGUUGUAGGACGACGCAGAGCCGCGGGGCAGC